AAUAAAAAAUUGUAAAGUUUAAAUCAGAAUUAGACAUAUUAAGAUGUAAGUUAAUUGAGUUGAAAACUUGUAGUUACAAAUAUAUUAUAAUUCAAGAUAUAUCUUAGCUGUGACAAAAUCAUAGACAACCAAAAAUGUACCACUCCUUAAAAUCCUAUCAAAGACUUCAUUGGCAUUGACAAUUGUACGCUGACCUUCGUUGUUCAACAUACGCAAAGUUUAAACGGGUCUAUUAAAAAUUGUUAUCUAAUCUACAAGUUUUUAUCAGAAUACCGAUAGUAAGUGAGUACCAGCAGAUUUUCAAGCGUGACUGACAAACGCAGAGUGCAGCGGCAUAGGUGCAUUGAGUAAAUCAAAUAAGACCUUUUUACAUUACAAAAAGACAAAAUGCGUGAAAUUAUCCACGUGCAAGCUGGGCAGUGCGGAAAUCAAAUUGGAUCAAAAUUCUGGGAGGUGAUAUCACAUGAGCAUGGGAUUAACACCACUGGGAUGUACGUGGGGACGGAUCCCAUUCUACAGGAACGGCUUAGCGUGUACUACAACGAAGCAUCAAGUGGCAAGUAUGUACCUCGGGCUGUUCUUGUUGACCUGGAGCCAGGUACCAUGGACUCCGUACGGUCUUCGGAGUAUGGGCAGCUGUUCAGACCAGAUAACUUUGUUUUUGGACAGAGCGGUGCAGGUAACAACUGGGCAAAAGGUCAUUACACCGAAGGUGCUGAACUGGUGGAUUCAGUUAUGGAUGUCAUACGGAAGGAAGGUGAAGGCUGCGACAGUCUGCAAGGCUUUCAGCUGGCACACUCCCUGGGUGGUGGCACAGGUUCCGGUAUGGGAACGCUCCUCCUCAGCAAGAUCCGAGAGGAAUACCCCGACAGGAUCAUGAGUACCUUCAGUGUCGUACCAUCCCCCAAGGUGUCAGAAGUGGUCCUUGAACCAUACAACGCCACGCUGUCAGUGCACCAACUGGUGGAGAACACAGACAUGACAUUCUGUAUCGACAACGAAGCGCUCUACAACAUCUGCUUCAGAACUUUGAGGCUUACCAGCCCGAGCUACGGAGACCUGAACCAUUUGAUAUCGCAAACAAUGUCUGGAGUUACUACGUGUCUUCGUUUCCCUGGUCAACUGAAUGCUGACCUGAGGAAGCUUGCUGUCAAUAUGGUGCCCUUCCCGCGGCUUCACUUCUUCAUUCCUGGUUUUGCUCCACUAACGGCGAGGAACUCUAUGCAAUACAGAGCACAAAACGUAUCGGAACUCAUGACUCAAAUGUUCAACCCUGGAAAUAUGAUGACCGCGUGCGACCCUCGUCACGGUCGCUAUCUAACAGUGGCGACCAUGUUCCGCGGUCAUAUGUCCAUGAGAGAGGUGGACGAUCAGGUCCUUUCUAUACAAAAUAAGAACUCCAGCUACUUUGUGGAAUGGAUUCCCAACAACCUCAAGGUGUCAGUAUGUGAUGUUCCACCGCGAGGUCUCAAGAUGUCCGCUACCUUCAUUGGAAACUCGACAGCUAUCCAGGAGGUAUUCAAGCGUAUCUCUGAGCAGUUCACCGCCAUGUUCAGACGGAAGGCUUUCCUCCACUGGUAUACCGGUGAGGGUAUGGAUGAGAUGGAGUUCACUGAAGCGUCGAGUAACAUGAACGAUCUCAUAUCGGAGUACCAGCAAUACCAGGAGGCGACAGUCGAUGAUGAAGAGGUGGAGUUUGAAGAUGAAGAGGAGGCAGUGGUGACCAGCGCAAUGGUGGACCACGACAAUUAA